UGUAAAGGUUGGAUGAAGAUGGCAGCCGGCAAGCUGAGGUGUUGGCAUUAAGCUAAAUGACUCACAGGAGUAGAUUAGUGUGUAUCCAUCAUAACUAGACUUGAAAUGCAAAGCUCGAUACAUACCUGAUCAUUAUAACAUUUCGUCAAGAAGGGCGGCAUAAUGGCAAUCGUUUACGAGUUCGUGUGGCGGGUUCUGCAUGUCCUUCUCCACAUUCAUAGAACGCUUAUCACUUGGUUCCGAAUCCGUCUUCGGAAUUGGAAUGGGCAACUGUGGUCACGAGCCUUAACAGCGCUUCUUGUGCCGAUAGCUCUCUCGUUUCCUAACCAAAAAAAGCUAGUUCCAGCACCCGGUAAACGCGUUGGUCGUCGGUAUCGAUGGGGGGCGGAUGGGAAAUCUCUGGAGAAGCUGCCUGACCAUAUCGGCUUGUUGAUAGCGGAAGAGGAGCCACGGUACACAGAUAUCGCCAACCUUGUCGUGUGGUGCAUGGCAGUCGGCAUAUCUUAUGUCAGUGUGUACGAUAAUUACGGUAAGAUCAUUGAUUUUAUUUCUUAGUUAUUUAAUUUGUAAUAAAUGACACCAGGAAGUAUUGAUAAAUACAGCAUCAGCAGACAGUAACGUGCGCUGCAGUGCAGACACUUGCCAGCCAGCCAUUAUUUUGAUUAGCUUGUAAUCAGCGAAUGGUGAACUUUCCUAUUCAUGGUACUUUGUUAGUUAUCUUGGAUAACUGUUACCUAGGUAUCUAACAAAUUCUGAUAGUUAAAUAGCUUUACCCAGCCUUCUUCCCUUUCAGAAAUCUAACCGCUUACUUGUGCCAUAUCUGCUUAGGCCUUCUAUGUCUCUGUCUCGUCUCUCUGCCCCUCAUUUCAGUGUGAAAGACGUAAUAAUACUACCCUGUACCAGUAUCCAUUCACAGCUCAUAUUCCUGGUGCUUACUUAAACAAUAAGGGCCGAGGGGGUGUGGUAUAUUGCCAAUAUACCAAUGCUAAGGCCCUUAGCCAUGGUAUAUUUGCCAUAUCACAAACCCUUGAUGUGCCUUAUUGCUAUUAUAAACAGGUUACCCACGUAAUUACAGCAGUCAAAAUAAAUGUUUUGUAAAUACAGCAGUGAAAAUGCAUGUUUUGUCAUACCGUGGUAUACGGUCUGAUAAACCACGGCAGUCGGCCAAUCAGCAUUCAGGGCUCCAACCACCCAGUUUAUAAAUUGUCUUUGGGCCCUUCCCUCUUUCCCAAUAUGGCAUGUCUUGUCAUUAGAGAAACCUCUGGAGUGUAAUACUUUUAUUUUCUAUCAACUGUAACAAUGUUGUAUAGCUAAUUAUAGAAUAUGAUUUCAACUAGUGGUCUCGACUCUCAAUAGGCUUUCAAGGUUUGCCCUAUGGCUUUUUCACCCAUUCUUUGAGCCUAGAGGGAAUUGGCUAAACUGAAAGGUUGCACACACGCAGUAUUCCUGCUCUUGCUUCACCACAGCCACUCUUACUGGGUCAUGCUAGUUUAAAAAAAAUAUUGUUUAAGCCUUCUUGAGGGCCUUCUCAGUGCUGUGUGGUUCCUCAAUGUCUGCUGACUUGUGUCAUCAGUCUCUUACAGCCAAAUCUGGCAUAUGACGCAUUAUUCCCCCCUAAUUACUAGACUUAUGAUGUUAAUUUUAGAUCUCAGUUUUGAAAGGUUGCAGAUCUUCUUGUUUUCUCAUCUUUCAGUUGUUGAGUUCAGAUGUGCCCAAUGUUCCUAACCCCCACUGAGAGGUUGAAACUCCCCCCCUCCCUCCCAACAGAUAACAUAUCCCUAUUGGAUUGUUUGCAUAUCCCUUUUGGUUGGUCAUGGCAAGAAGGCAUCCAGCUUUUGUAAAUUAAUAUCAAAAGCAGAUUUUUCUUUCUUCAUUUUAGCUAACCCUAGCCCUUUUCCUAACCUUAACCUUAUUCUCCUAACCUGCUAUGUUAAUUAUCCUAAGCUGCUGCGUAAGUUCUCCUAACCUGCUACGAAAAGUAAAAUGUGAUGUUAAUUUGUCAAAAAAUGGAUCCCUUCUAGCCAUGACCCUUUUGGUUCCCAGGUGUCUUCAGGAGGAACAACUCCAGGCUGAUGGAUGAGAUCCUGAAGCAGCAGCAGGAGCUCCUAGGUCUAGAAGGCUCCAAGCAGCUCUCUGUGGAGUUCCUUAACAAUGGCACUGAUAAACAGGACCAUCAAGGUGAGACACUUGAACACUGAACAGCAGGGGCCGUAUGUAUCAAGCAUCUCAGAUUAGGAGGGCUCGUCUAAAGCGGUACUCCACAACAUCAUGAUUGAAAGAUGAACUAAGGUCCACACUCCAGUCCAGUUGGUGGUGGUAAUGAAACUUAAAGUUUGUUGCCAACCGCCAUAUAAAGUCCAAAGAAGAAGAAAGAUCCUGAAGGAGGAGAGAUUACUAGAAACAAACUCGGUUUACCCUUUUAUCUGUGGAUUAAUUGUCGGAGUAGAGGACCUUGUGCAUUUCAGGUAAAAUAACAACCCUAUGUUUAUAUCCCAGGACAAAUUAGCUAGCAACAGCAAACUAGCUAGCUAAAUUGCCGUAAAUGUGUAAUGCUUUUCGACCUGUCCCCAAAUUAAUAUAGUUGGUUCAGAUUUCAACCUGCGUGUCCUGAUCGCAUCCGGUGUGGGUGGUCAAAAUCAACAUGCACGUGGUCUGCUCAGCAUGUAAAAGGAAGCUGGCAUGUGCUUAAAAUAAUGUUAAUCGCUAACUAAAUGCCAUUUAGCUAAAUCCGCUAGGGCAAAGUAAAUGUUAACUCUAAUAUAGGUUGCUAUCAGUGGUGGUGUAGAUCAGCAUGUUUAUACAAUGGCAUGUUCUGAAUCAUCUGAGCACAUCUUCCUCCUUCAGGAGAUGUGCUUCAAAUGUAAGUAGGAUUCAUAUAGGCCGAAUAUAGGCUAUAUCCAUCAAUUUAAACAUCUAUUUUAACUUAACUUUUAUGUGGUGCUCCUAACUUUUCUAAGUUAGGAGCACCAGUGCUACCAAUAAAAUAUAUUAAUUUAGAGCCCAGAGUGCCAGGGCAAAAACUAAAAUGUGCACCCCUUUCGGUCCCCGGGACCAGGAUUAAGAAACAGUGCACUAAACUGAUCUUAAAUCAGCACUCCUACACCUACUCAACGCUUGAUAUGGCCCCUGAAAAGACACCUGGAACAAUGGGACAUGCCCUGUGGUUUCUCUGCUAUUCUCCGUUGUUGCUACUACUGCAGUAUGCCAUAAUCUGGUUACACCAGAAACACUAGACGGGCUACAACCGAGAAGAGAACAGAGAAGCAUUCAGAAUUCUGCCAUGUGUAGUAUGAAUAAUCAAUUAAAUUCUAUUGGAUACUAAAUAAUAUAUGAAACCCUUUAGGGCAAUUUAGAUUGCAAGGCUUAAUUGGAGUGCAAUAUCCACAAUUCAUCGUCACUUAUUGAAUGAAGUUUGAAACUGAUUACAAAUAUUAUAGUUAACUGUAUUUUUUAAUGGAUUCCAAUUCCACUAGGCUUGAAUGCAUGAUUGCAUUAUCUGUGGCAUUUGUUUAUUGAAGAGCAUGUGGACUGCAGCCAGCCUAUAUUGACUGAUUAAGAUCUAUUCUAUUGUGUAGUCUUACUUGCUGUUGGCAACUACACCAUUCUCCCCUGAGCAAGUCAAUCUGUUAUGACACACCGUCACACACACAGACCAUAUGGAGUUGUAAAGGAACACAACACAGAAUAAUUCUCUUCACCAAGGAAUUCUUGUUUUUCCUGUUCAUAGAGAACCUAUAAUUCACUUGUAUAACCUAUUAAUUAUAGUAUCUCUAUGUUCCUGUUAUUCAAUUGUUUUGUAAUCCAUAAAUGUCAUAUUAAAGGAUUGUAAAGCAGGAAUUCCCACCCACCUUCAGUCAAACAGACACCUGACACGUUUACCAUUGAUUGGUAUGAUUAUUGUGAUGUGUGAGUCUGAGUAUCAGUAUGUGUGUUUGUGGGGCUCAUUAUGACUGUAUUCCUCUGUGUCCACAGUGGUGUUGUGUCAGUCUCUGUUGAAGGUGCUGUCUCCAGACGAUGGGAAGCUGAGGAUCGUGCAGGCAGCACAGCAGCUGUGUAGAGCUGUGGAGCAGAGGGAGAAGACAUCCAAAGACAUCAACGUCACUGUGUUGGACUCCUUACUCAGAGGUGAGGAGGAGGAGGCCCCUGCCCCAAGAUCAGGGGGAGGACAUGCCAUUGGUUCUUACUGGUGUCCUUAGUGUAUUGUUAUUCAUUGGCUGUGGACAACACCUUUAUUUAAUUGCUUUAUCUUCAGGAUAAAACCCAUAGACAUUAUAUUGAUCAUAUCAGUAUUAAUCAUAGACUUUAAAUAAUCUGCUAUUAAUCUGUGCCAAACUAUUACAAGCUGGAGUACAGACAGUGACCCUUAGCUCACCAGCUCUCCUUUGGCAUGAUGUUCAGAGUAGCAAUUUCACUUUAUUUGAAGCUCAGGAAGGAUGGAGGGAAGAAAUGGGGUAAAUGUCAAGGAGCCCCCUGUUAGAGCAGCUCCAACAGUGUUUGAUCAAAAGAUGAAGGGAAGAUGAAGCACUCGGAGUCUGUGCCAGAGAGCUCCUCUCUCAAAGUGGGUUCUUUGACCUGAACCCUCUGCCCGCCCUGGCCCAUCGUUAGCCGCUGGCUAAGACUGAUCACCAUCACUAGCUGUAAAUCACAGGACCGUUACUUUAGUGGAAUACCUCCGUUUGCACUCACUAAUCAAAACAGACUCUUGUAGAAGGUGAUGGAUGAGACCGAAGGCAGAAAUGUGAACAAACUCAUGAGAAAUAUGGUCUCCAGACAUAAUAUAAACUACAGAGGAUAGCAGAGUUCACUUCAGUGCAGUUGAGUUGAGUCCAAUCAAAUCCAGUGUAGUGUACAGUGAAGUUAUGGUGUGUUUACCACUCAGGGCCAGUGAGUACAGCUGUUCCUCAGCACAGUCAGUAUCUAUGGGGCUUGGAAUUUCCAGUGAUUGGUUGUUCCAUUGACCUCUCUCCAUGCUGUCUCUAUGUGCAGAAUCGAAGAGUACACCAGAUCCAGACCUGGUUCUGAAGUUCGGCCCAGUAGAAAGCACCCUGGGGUUCCUGCCCUGGCACAUCAGACUGACAGAGUUCAUGUGAGUAUUGUACAGUGUGUGUGUGUGUACACACGUUAGGUAAGGGUGCCUCACUCGUGUAGAAGAGCGCUGGGAUAGCCGCUGCUCUGAAGAGCUGGACACGAAUGACAAUGAGGUUCCUUUCUGAUUCCUCAUAACCACUUGUGUGUGUGUGUGACAGAGAGGGAGAGUUUGUGUGUGCGUGUCCUUUGCUUUACCUCCUGAGUAUAAUUGAUAUGGGCCUGUUGUGUGGUUAUCUGUGCAGAUUAACUGGUAAACCUGUCUCUGCUGCCUAAUUUAUCUCCUGGCUUGACAGAUUGGCAAGGCUUUUUAAAACGCUUCUGUGCAACCCAGUAUAAAUAGCAGUGCUAUUUAAAGGAUAGUGGAAAUGGAGAGGAAAUGUUGCAGUUCAGCCUUCAUAAGAUGUGCAGUUAGAUGUUGCCAGAUGAUGAUGAUGAUGAUGAUGAUGAUGAUGCAUCACUAACAAUUGCAUAAAUCCUAUUUUUAGAGAUUAACUUGUCCAGUGAUUUUUUUUCUUCAUAGAAAAUGGAUGCGACAAUUGCUUGCUAGGGUGCGUUUCCAUUUAACUAUCUUGUGUCGAUAAAAAUAGUUGGACGUAAUGGCGUCACACCUAAAAAUAAAAUUAGUGUUGAAUAAAAAUGUAGUGGUUGAAGUGUUUCCAUUACCCAUUUAGGCAUAGAAUGCAAUGAUUGACUAAUAUUUACCAUAUUCGAAUAAUUCUCAUGUGCCAAAGUAUCGCCACGGUCCGUGCCAUGGUGAAACUUGCACUCCUGUAGAUCUGAAAUAAUUGGAUGGUGAAACUUGCCAGCAUACCAGAAAAGCAAGGCGAAGCAAUUCAGGCAUUCUUGAAAGUCAGGACAAUCCUUGUCCUGCAAAGAAGCAAUUUUAUAGUUGAAAUGUUUUAUUUUGCAAUUAGUUGGCAUUUAGAAUUAAAUGUGGAGUGGAGAUUUAUAGUUACGUGGUGACAUUACAUGCCUCGUGUACCUUCAAAAUGAUUUGGCAAUCAUCAUUUAUCGAAAAACAGUUUCCAUCAUUUGGCGCAAUAAAGAAAGUUACAUUAUCUCAUCUGUGAGCGAACAGGCAUUACCAUUGAACAGGCAUUACCAUUGAGGCCAUCUCCAUUUUGAAGUCGUCAAUUUUCUUCUACUAUUUCUAUGAGUUGGUUAACAAACUGAAAGGGUGCAUACUGCCACCUACAGUUAUUGAAUAUUUGCUCAAGUUUAAUUCAUUGGCUGAUUCCUCCUGAUGACCUGGAUGGAAUUAUGUGAACCUUCCUUAACCAAUAGGAAGUACCACCCAGUUGACUACUUCAAAAUGGUGAAAGUCCUCAAUGGCGCGGCCCAUACUAAAACUGGCUUUUGGGCACUAGAGUCCCCAAUCAUUUUCUAUGAUUUGCAAGGACAUUUUGGGCCUUGACCUCCAUCGAACACUAGAUGGCCGUAUAGUGCUGUAACUGCUUUAGACAUUAGCUUUUUUAAGCAUCAGUAAAGUAAAGUGCAUCAUUGUAUUUGGAGUGAGCCUUUUAACUAAUGUAACAUGAUGACAUUUCUGUUCAUCACUCCAGAAGUGUCUCUCUGUAGUAUAUCUCUCUAACAUCCUCCCUCUCUCCUGCAGCUCCUUACCCUCCCAUGUGGACGUCUCCUAUGAGGACUUAUUCAGCGCCUUGCAGCGCUACGCCUCCUGUGAGCAGCGGCUGGGGAAGUGAGUGAUUGGCCCCGCCCCCUCCAGAGGAAGGGGAACGACAAGGGUGUGGGGUGGGGGUCCGCCCUAGCCCCUCUUCCUCCCGGGUCUCUAUGUUUACAGUACAGGCACUAGAGAACAAGCAGACAGCGUACCGCCACAUCACAUCGAAUCUCACCUCCACCCCCACCCACUCGGACUCACUGCUCCUCCGCAACGUGAAAGGCUCGCCAGGCUGCCUCUGUGAGGCAUGCUGGAUAGUACGGGCCCUGCCAAGGUAGCGGCACGCACUGAACAUCUGCAGGCUUGGAGGAGAUCCGCCAAUACCCCCGUGUCAGCCGGAUUAACAAGGAACCAACAUCACCUGAAGGACAUUGUUAGCAGUAUGGUGUAAAUCUAGUGUUGCUUUGCUUCUCUUUCUCUCUCGCUCUCUCUGUUUGCUGUAGAUCCUGCUGUGCCCUGAGGUAUGAAUGAGGAUGAUGGAUAAAGCUUUCUGCUGCUCUGGAAGGGAGUGGUGUAUUGGUGUGUUGGGAGGGAUGUGUGAGGCAGAAUGUUUAAUGCUGAACAACAACAUUGCGCUUCAGGUCUCUCUAUCUCAAUGAAGGACUGCAUGGAGGACCUCCUUGUUUUUAUUUCUGGAGAUAUAAUAAUAUGCCAUUUAGC